AUGCUUGUGCUUUGUUGCCUCCGAUUCUAUAGUCUUAUGAUCAUAAGCUAUCUGUUUCACCCCGGAUUAUGUCUAUCUGAGCUAAGUGCAAUGGUCUUCCCAAGUCCUGGUUGCCAAACCUGCCGAAAACGCAGAGUCAAGUGUGAUUGCACAAGACCUCUGUGCCGAAAAUGUCGAACUGGCAAUAGGAAAUGCACCUGGGACUCGGAUGAACAGACAGGUUUGCAUUUCAGAAGUGAAAACGCGUUUGCUAUGGGUCGUCGCCGGCGUCCGCCCAAGACAGAUAGCAGCCCAGCUAUAACCUUAGACGCGGGUUUCACAUCAGGUGCAAACGGCAGCAAAAUUCAGCCGGCGCUGCUGCUGCCACUAGAGAUGCACGCACUCUAUUAUUAUGCAGAGAGCGUUUCCAUGGAGAGAGAUAAGUUGGGAGAUGCUUGCUAUGAAUAUAGUUCACACGUGCUGCAUUACUGGAACUUGGCUAGGCCGGGCUCUUGUCUCCGUCUCGCGCUGACGGCUUAUUCGCACGCCGUAAUCGGCCGGAACCGGGGCGUGAGACAAGCUCUUGGCCUUGCCCAAAGAGUAUAUGCAAAGGCGGUGGUGGAGAUCCAGAAGGCGAUGAGCGGAAUAUCGAGCGAUACGAUAUAUCAGAUGAUACUAGCCAUGAUGCUAAUGGGCAGCUAUGAGAAUGUCAUGUACUUCUCGAGAGAAUCUACCACACGACUACCUCCGGACGCUGUUGGCUCCCGUUUCUGGAAGAAAAUCUGCCAUGAGAAAGGCGCAGGCGGCCUUCUUAUUGUGCGUCGCGAGAGAGGCUUUGCAGCGAAUGCAGAGCUGGAGAAGGCAGUUCGACAAAAAUGUCUCCGUGUUAUUAUCCUUCGUGGAGCAGCUUCAGCAGCCUGGUUUGAAGAUGGCCGGAGCUGGGGUGAAGAAGGACAUGAGCUGGAACUGGAUUCGCUUAUGGUUCGUGUCUUGGUCUUGCGGAAUAAGUCAAUAUCUUUCCUGAGAGAUAUGGAUGCAUCAGAUCUAGGAGCCAUUGAUGAAGUUAAGUCAAUUGCUAUGGAGUCAUAUACCCUCGAUUACGAUCUCGCCUUGUGGGCUCUCAGACUUCCACAAGACUUGGAAUAUCACACUAGCUGGACACUCUCGCAGCCAACUUCGAAUGUAAUUGGGGCUCGUGUGGAUAUCCCCUCGCAUCAAUACACUUCAGUCGGCCAUGCGUCAACAUGGAAUCGAUACCGUGCUCUUCGCUUAAUCACAAAUAGUAUUCAGAAACGAGCCAUCUGCGCACUCCAACCACUCUUCAACGAUAUUUUCCUGAACACGGAUAUACAGAGGUGCCAGGAUAACAUUGACAAGCUUGCUGUGGACAUUUGCUGUGGCACAGAGUUUUCGAUCACUCGUCAAAGCACUACUAGAGGCCCUGAGGCUUCCACACUACUUAAUGUGCCUCAUCCGAGUGUAGCUGCAUUACUAGCAUGGCCGUUGACUGUGGCCGUGAGCGUUGAUGCCGUCCGGCUUCCAGAGAAGACUUGGCUGAAGGGCGUCUUGAAAGCCGUUGCUCGCUCUUUGGGACACACGCAGCUUGAAUCUGUCAGUGAUGAAGGGGAAUACAAUAUCUGA